UUUAAAAAUAAAGGGGUAAUAUGGGAAAAAUAAAAAAUCUACACAAGUAUAACAGCACUCAAAGACCUUAAAAAGCAUUAAUGGUGAGAAUGAGCGGUGCUCAUCACCAGCCAUUGCUACUAUCUAUCUCUCAAGAUUCAGAGAAUCCUGGAUCAUCGGCCUCUGCCAGAUAUUUUGUAAAGGAAGCGUGGACGGAGUGCAAGAAGUUAUGGCAAAUAGCAGCUCCCUCAAUCUUUUGCCGAUUGGCAAUGUUUUCUCUCACUCUUAUCACCCAAUCUUUUGCUGGUCACCUCCACCAAAGCCAGCUCGCCGCCAUCUCCAUUGCCACCACAGUCAUUAUCUCCAUCACCUUCGGCUUUCUGCUCGGAAUGGCUAGUGCGCUUGAAACGCUGUGUGGACAAGCCUAUGGAGGAAAACAAUACCACUUGUUGGGUAUAUAUUUGCAACGCUCUUGGGUGGUAUUGUUUCUAAGCUCUAUAUUGCUUCUGCCUCUUUUUAUUUUUGCUGCGCCAAUAUUGAAGCUAAUUGGACAGCCAACAUUAUUAGCUGAGCUGACAGGAGAGGUGGCAAUGUGGCUGGUUCCUAUGCACUUGAGCUUUGUGUUUCAGUUCACUUUGAUGAGGUUCUUGCAAUGCCAGUUGAAGACUUAUGUGAUAGCUUGGGUGUCCGGUGUGGUGCUUGUGGUUCAUUUGUUAUUGAGUUGGAUUUUUGUUUAUAUAUUGAGGGUUGGCAUUGUUGGAGCUGUCCUCAUUCUUGAUUUCUCUUGGUGGAUGUCUGUCUUGGGAAUGUUUAUCUAUUGCGUUUGUGGAGGAUGUCGUAAUUCUUGGACUGGUUUUUCUAGGCAAGCUUUUAUCGGCCUCUGGGACUUCUUCAAAUUGGCUUUGGCUUCUGGUGUCAUGCUCUCGUUGGAGAACUUUUAUUAUAGAAUGUUAGUCAUAGUCUCAGGCAUUAGAAGUGCAGAGGUUGCUGUUGAUGCCUUGUCCAUAUGCAUUAGUUUCUACGGUUGGGAAUCGAUGAUUCCACUUGGACUAUUUGCAGCAACGGGGAUCCGUGUUGCAAAUGAAAUUGGAGCAGCAAAUAGAAAUUCUGCAAAAUUUGCUGCCAAAGUUUCUGUCUUCAACUCUCUUCUGGUUGGCUUUGUGUUUUUCUUAGUAAUCAUUGCCUUUCCCCACAAGAUUGCUAUGGUAUUCACAUCAAGCUCGUCUGUCAUCUCAAUGGUUGAGGGACUAGCUUUGUUAUUGGCAAUAACCAUUCUCUUUAAUUGCAUUCAACCGAUUCUUUCAGGGGUAGCUGUUGGAUUUGGUCGGCAAGCCUUGGUUGCAUAUAUAAACAUUGGGAGCUAUUAUUUUGUUGGAGUACCUCUUGGGAUCAUCUUGGGAUGGUUAUUACAUUUUGGGUUAAAGGUGCAUUACAGGGCAUUUGGGCUGGAAUGAUCUGCGGGACGAUGAUUCAGACAUUGAUAUUAACCAUUGUGACAAUUAGAUAUCCCUGGGGAAAGGAGGCCAAAGUCCAUGACUUGACCUGCCCCAUGCUACAAAGAUGAAGAACACCACAUAGACCAAUGAAGUGAAAAACUUUGAAGUAUAAACAGCAAACUCUUUUAUUCCUCCUAGACGAAGCCCAAUGACUUUGGGGAUAUCAUGUUUGAUACAAUAUGUCCUUUUGUACUACAAUUGCUUUCUUGGUUUUUUGCAUUGUUCAUGCAUACAACAAAGGCUAAGCAACUCUAUUAGGGGAUGUUGAGAUAUUUCAAGCACAUACAAGUAAACUUUUGCUACAGGGAGUUGAAUUCUUUUCCCAACAUUUUUGCAAAAUCCGGCUUCUAUUGAUGGUUUGGAAGUUCCUUUGAUUCUGUAUUAUUCGGUAAGUUGUUAAGGGUAUUACUAAGUGCUAUGGUUCAACUUAUGGUCAGUCCCUAAUAAUCGGUAGUAAGUUGUCAAGUAAUAUAAAUAUUUUAUAAUUUCUCGACGUCUUUUCACGGAGCACUGGACAUGGACGUUAAGGAUCUGACCAGCUUGGAGGAAGAGGAAAGUGCAACUUGUGACAGGACUCCCAUUUAGUUGCUGCGGAAGUAGACAGAUGAGGAAGGUUUUAUUGUUUUAAACGGAGUUGAUUUCACCAGUUGUGAUAUCUGAUGUAAUCCUGAUUUAUUUGUAGAAUAUUGUUCUUCACUCUGAACAGGAAGAAAUAAUGCCUGACGUUG